UUUGAAGCGAGCGGCGACAGGAGUCUUCGCCCGGGAAGCCGGACAGUGCGGUUUUCUGGGCUCCCUGGCUCCCUGGAGACCAGUCCUCAUGCCUAUCCGCGCGCUGUGCACCAUCUGCUCCGACUUCUUCGACCACUCCCGCGACGUGGCCGCCAUCCACUGCGGCCACACCUUCCACCUGCAGUGCCUAAUUCAGUGGUUUGAAACAGCACCGAGUCGGACCUGCCCACAGUGCCGAAUCCAGGUUGGCAGGAAGACCAUUAUUCACAAGCUCUUCUUUGACCUUGCCCAGGACGAGGAGAAUGUGUUAGAUGCAGAGUUCUUAAAGAAUGAACUGGAUAAUACCAGAGCUCAGCUUUCCCAGAAAGAGAGGGAGAAACGGGAGAGCCAGGCCAUCAUUGACUCUCUGCGGGACACACUGGAAGAGCGCAAUGCCACCGUGGAGUCUCUGCAGAAGGCCUUGGACAAGGCUGAGAUGCUGUGCUCCACCCUAAAGAAGCAGAUGAAGUACUUGGAGCGGCAGCAGGACGAGAGCAAACAAGCACGGGAGGAGGCCCACCGGCUCAGGGGCAAGAUGAAGACCUUGGAGCGGAUUGAGCUCCUGCUGCAGAGCCAGCGGCCCGAGGUGGAGGAGAUGAUCCGGGACAUGGGUGUGGGGCAGUCAGCGGUGGAGCAGCUGGCUGUGUACUGUGUGUCCCUCAAGAAAGAAUAUGAGAAUCUAAAAGAGUCACGGAAGGCCUCAGGGGAGCUAGCCGACAAGCUGAAGAAGGACUUGUUUUCUUCCAGAAGCAAGUUGCAGACAGUCUACUCUGAACUAGACCAGGUCAACCUGGAGCUGAGGUCGGCCCAGAAGGACUUGCAGGCUGCUGACAAGGAAAUCGUGAGCCUGAAAAGAAAGCUGACAGUGCUACAGGAAACCCUGAACCUGCCGCCAGUGGCCAGCGACACUGUCAACCGCCUGGUUUUAGAGAGCCCAGCCCCUCUGGAGAUGCUGAACCUGAAGCUUCCCCGGCCAGCCUUCAGUGACGAUAUUGACCUCAAUGUCACCUUUGAUGUGAACACGCCCCCAGCCCCGCCCUCCGGCAGCCAGCAAGGCCACCCCAAGAAGCUCCACCGGGAGGAGGCACCCUCUGCCAUUCAGGAUGCUCCCAGGAAGGCAGCCAAAGGCCCCAAGCAGGAGCCCCAGCUCUCGCUGGGCUGCCGGCUCCAUGUGGGAGAGCCAGGUGGCGAGCCGGCUGGUGCCUUCCCUCUCUUCAUCCGGAACACCGUCCUCGGCCAGAAGCAGCCCAAGAGGGCCAGGGCAGAGCCCUGUCGCAGCACAGAUGUGGUAAGGACAGGCUUUGAUGGGCUUGGAGGCCGGACAAAAUUCAUCCAGCCUACUGACGUGACUGUGAUCCGCCCACUGUCCAUCAAGCCCAAGGCCAAGGCUAAGCAGAGAGCGGGAGCGAGGGCUGUGCUGCCUCCCUCCCAGACCAAGCUGGACACCUUCCUGUGGUAGUGAAGACAGUGAGUCUGAGCCAUGGCCAGAUGGGCGCCUCCACCUUGGGGCUGGCGUGGGCAGAUAGGAGCUGGGGGUGAGGGUGAGCCCAGAGACUGCCGCUCCUGUCCUCACCUCACCCUGCCCGCCCCCAUGCCAGGGCCGCCUGCGGGGCUGGUGGGACCAGCUUGCCGUCCCGCCCUGCCGGCAGUUUGCUCCUUACUCCAGGCUCGCAGCCACAACCAGACGGGUGGGCUGCUGGCCGGCCAGAAUGGGGCCUUCCCUUGACUCUCCUGCCCAGAGUGCUGGGGCUCUGCGGGCAGCUUCUGCCUUGCUACCAGGGAUGGCCUGGGCCGAGCAGGGACGGGGAAUGAGGGUGAUGGGGGGAAGAUAUCUAUGUAAAAUAAAAAUGAGACGCUUUUCUUCCUGGCUCUGUAAGCUUGUGGCAACACUCUGGGAAGCCGUUUGACAUGGCUUCCUGAGUGGGACCUUCUCCUGGACUCAGGCCCCGCAGCCUCCCGGGUCACAGGGAGACUGGCCAGAAGGGGCGCUGCAACACUGUCCAGUCCAGCCAGCACAACCCCAGGCCUGUCAGCAGGAGAGCUGGGGUAAACUGAGGCCUCCCUCCCUGGGGAGUCACAGCAAGGACAGCAGAUACCCAGGGGUCACCUCCCCCGCCCCUCAGCUCUGCCAGCCCAGUCACUGGCCUUUGGGGGUCCGUUUCACAAGCGUUGUCUCCUAGAGGGGUCCCUUUUUGACCCCCAGCUUGGGUGAGGCCCCUAAGCUUCCCUGUCACCACUGAGGGGGGCUCACCCGCAUGUGCAGGGCCCAGCAUGGGCCAGGGCCAGGGAGCCAGGCGGGAAGGCACCUCAGGCCGGGAGCCCAGCCAUCCUCUGGCAGCCCCGCCCACGGGAGCAGGUGGCUCUUGGGGAUGACUGUCUGCGUUCUGGGGUGCCUGGA